GCACCACGCUGCAUCCACACCACAGAACGCCUCUCACCCUCCGCCAGCUGACUCGUCAUGGGGCCCGCUGCCCCCCUGGCUCUCUGCCUCUUGGGGCUCCUGUCCCUGGGCUGCUGCUGGGCCGCACCGGUUCAGGGUGACGGACCCGUGGUCAUCACCUUCCCAGGGGAGCUGGUCAGAAAAUUGUCGGACAGGGACCAGGCAACACUCUACCUCGCACGGUACGGAUACCUGAAUGGGCCGACCCCGAACCCCCUCGCUGGCCAAGCGGAGCUUCCCUUCUUCCUCAGGUUGAUGCAGAAGCGGCUGGGCUUGCCUGAGACAGGAGAGUUGGAUGCCUCCACCAUGGACGCCAUCCGGACCCCCCGCUGCGGGGUCCCAGACGUUGGCUUUUUCCAGACUUUCCAGGACGAUCUCAAGUGGGACCACACGGACCUCACGUACCGAGUGGUGAACUACUCCCCUGACCUGGAUGCCUCCAUCAUAGAAGACGCCUUUGCCAGGGCCUUCAAGGUGUGGAGCGACGUGACCCCGCUCACCUUCACGCGGCGGGAGAGCGGCGACGUCGACAUUCUCAUCCAGUUUGGAACGGGAGAACACGGCGACGGCUACCCCUUCGACGGCAAGGACGGUCUCCUGGCCCACGCCUUCCCUCCGGGCAAGGACUUCUACAGCGGAGAUGCCCACUUCGACGACGACGAGUUCUGGACGCUGGGCACCGGCAUCGUGGUGAAGACCUACUACGGCAACGCCGACGGGGCCAGCUGCCACUUCCCCUUCGUCUUCGAGGGCCGCUCCUACUCCACCUGCACGGCGGAGGGCCGCGAGGACGGGCUGCCCUGGUGCGCCACCACCGCCAGCUUUGACCAGGACAAGCUCUUCGGCUUCUGCCCCAGCGAACUUCUCUUCACCUACGGUGGAAACGGCGAUGGUGAGAAGUGUGCCUUCCCUUUCGUCUUUUCUGGCAAGUCCUACGACGCCUGCACCACAGAGGGGCGCGAUGACGGCUACCGCUGGUGCGCAACCACGGAGAACUUUGACCGUGACAAGAAGUACGGCUUCUGUCCCAACAGAGACACAGCUGUGAUUGGCGGCAACUCCCAGGGCGAGCCCUGUGCCUUCCCAUUCACCUUCCUGGGCCAGACGUACAGCACCUGCACCUCCGAGGGGCGCCAGGAUGGGCGGCUCUGGUGCGCCACCACCAGCAACUACGACGAGGACAAGAAGUGGGGCCUUUGCCCCGACAAAGGAUACAGCAUCUUCCUGGUAGCUGCCCAUGAGUUUGGCCACUCACUGGGCCUGGAGCACUCCAGCGUGCGGGAGGCGCUCAUGUACCCCAUGUACACCUACCUUGCCGAUUUCCACCUCCACCCAGACGAUGUGGAUGGGAUCCAGUACCUCUAUGGGAAAGGCUCAGGCCCUGGGCCCACCGUGCCCAGCCUCCCCACUCAAAGCCCCGACGUGCCUGACGAACCCACCACGGAGGUGGAUUAUUCCUCCACCACGGAUGAGGACGGCUCCUCGGUGACAGAGACCACCCCUGUGGACCGCCCAAGUGACGCCUGCAGGGUGGGGGGCUUUGAUGCUGUGGCGGAGAUAAAGAAGGAGCUGCACCUCUUCAAGGACGGGCAAUACUGGAGGAAGCCAGCCUCAGGGGCUGCGCGCAUUGAGGGCCCACUACGGAUCCAAGACGCCUGGCCAGCCCUCCCGGAUGUUAUCGAUGCUGCUCUCCAGGACUCGCUGACUAAGAAGACCUUCUUCUUCUCUGGCCAACGCUUCUGGGUGUACCAGGGGACGAGAGUCUUGGGCCCACGGAGCAUUGAGAAGCUGGGUCUUGGUAGAGACGUGCCAAAGAUCGUCGGUGCCCUGCAGAGGAAAGGCGGCAAAGCGCUGCUGUUCAGCGGGGAGCAGUUCUGGAGGCUGGAUGUGAAAACGGAGCGGGUGGAUCGGAACUACCCUCGUGACACCGAUAGCGUCUUCCCUGGGGUCCCUCUUGACUCUCAAAAUAUCUUCGAGUACAAAGGAAAAUACCACUUCUGCCGGGACCCCUUCUGCUGGCAAAUGACCCGAAGCUACCAGGUGGACAGGGUGGGCUACCUGAAGUAUGACGUCCUGAAGUGUCCAGAACAGUAGGACCAGCCAUGGGCUGCCGGGACCUUCCUGCACCUGCCUGCCACGCUGUGCCGUGGCUCUGGGACUCAGGGCAGGUGCCGCGGCUUAUGCCCCUGCCUGGGCUGGCAAUUGGCGCUGGCCACCAACAGAUACUGGCCCCUUGCUCAAGGCUGGCAGGCAGAGAGCGGACUCUCCAGCCACGGUGUGACCUCGCCGCAGCUUUGCCACCUGUGUGCCUUGCAAAAGGCUUGCCAGAUGCAGCCAGUUUGCUUGGCCACGAGCUCGCUGCAAGGACCCCUCUGGACCUGCUGGGAAGAGAAGGAGGCUCCCCUCCAGCCACGAAGACAAGGAGGCCCUGCUCUGUCCAGCCACCCUGCGCCUCCACCUCCACGACACGCUGUCUCAUGCCGCGGCUCUUGCAUCUUGCACACUUGUGUAAUAAAUGACAUCCUGGCCCA